CUAUAAAGGACAGGCCGGCUGCCGGCACCUUCUCACAGUUCCUCUCUGUUUUCUGACCACCCUCCCUCUAAAAUCCUUCCAACUAUCCUCUCUGCUGCUUCCCCACCCCCCACAACUCCCACCAAAAAUACACUUUGGACUGUGCUCUCUGUACCCUCACCUGCUCCCCUCCACCCCAACAAUCUCUCUCUCUCUCUCUCUCUCUCGCUAACCUGACCACCCCCUCUCUGCUUCUCUUUUCUCCCUCCCCCAGCCUCCCUUUACUGUGGAAGAUUCAAUGCCAGAGAAGCUGUGAGAUGCUGGACAGCCAGUGCUGUUUUUAUGUGUGAGUGAAUGGAGCCCUGAGGCAGUCAAUCUCUUUUGUCAGUGAGAGAGAGAGAGCGCCUGUGUACGAGAGUCAGUGCAAGCAAAAGAGGGUGUGAGAGACAAAGGCAGAGAGAGUGACUGUGAUAAAGAGAGAGAGAGAGAGAGAGAGUGUGUGUGUGUGUGUGUGUGUGAGAGAGAGUGAAUGGUAGACACAAAGAGUUCAGUCAGUCAUGCUGCCAUCAGCAAACACUUGGAGACCUGGGCACUGAGAAGAGGCAAUAAUGGGAUCUUGAUUUAAAAAGCACACUGAGGGGACGUCUACAUUCAACGUCCGAAUCGAUGUUUGUUUGGAACCUGGGAAGUGCUGAUCAGGAUCAUGUCUGACCCCAGCUACUGGAUGGGGCUCCCCAACUAUAAGGGCCAUUCUGUGAUGGGUGCACUGCUGCAGCGCUCAAAGAGUUGCCGUAGCAACAGGAAGAGCCUGGUGGUCAGCUCCCCAUCACCCAGUCUCUCUCGGCCACUCUCACCGCUUUCUGUCCCAACAGCUGUGAGUCCAUUGGACAGUCCGAGGAGUUCCUACACCAACGCCGCUCCUAAUUUCCCGUUUGCUCGCAGGGUGGAUGGCCGUCGCUGGUCCUUGGCUUCAUUGCCAUCAUCCGGAUAUGGAACUAACACCCCCAGCUCCACUGUGUCAUCAUCGUCCUCCUCUUCUCAGGAACUUUUGCAUCAACUGCCUUUCCAGCCCACACCAGAUGAGCUUCGCUUCCUGUCCAAACAUUUUCGUAGCACUGACAGUGUUGCUGAUGAAGAGGGACGCCAUUCCCCUACUAUUAGGCCUCGAUCCAGGAGUCUAAGCCCUGGCCGGUCAUCAGUCUCUUUCGACAAUGAGAUUGUGAUGAUGAACCAUGUUUACAAAGAACGCUUUCCUAAGGCCACGGUUCAGAUGGAGGAACGACUUCACGACAUUAUCAGCAGCUUUUCGCCCAACAGUGUCCUGCCACUUGCAGAUGGAGUGCUUGGGUUCAUCCACCAUCAGAUCAUCGAACUGGCCCGAGACUGUCUGGAGAAAUCACAAAAUGCCCUCAUCACUUCCCGCUACUUUCUCGAGUUACAGGAAAACUUGGAGAAGAUGCUGCAGGAUGCGUAUGAGAGGGCGGCAAGCGAUGAAGUCAUGUUCAUUACACAGUUGGUCAGGAAAUUGCUGAUGGUCAUCGCCCGGCCAGCACGACUCCUUGAAUGUUUGGAGUUUGAUCCUGAGGAGUUUUAUCAUUUGCUGGAAGCAGCAGAGGGUCAUGCAAAAAUUGGGCAAGGAAUAAAGACAGAUAUCCCAAGGUACAUCAUCAGUCAGCUGGGUCUGACAAAGGACCCACUCCAAGGAAUUGUUCCAUUGGAUGAUGAAGACACAAUCUCUCAGCAGAAAUCAGAUUCCCAGGAUAGUCGAGCAGCAUCAAUUCCGCGUCCAAAACCUGGUGAGAAUGAUUUUGAGACAAUUAAAUUGAUCAGUAAUGGAGCAUAUGGAGCAGUGUAUCUUGUCCGGCACAUAGAAACAAGGCAACGAUUUGCUAUGAAGAAGGUUAACAAACACAACCUGAUCCUGAGAAAUCAAAUCCAGCAGAUGUUUGUCGAACGUGACAUCCUGACGUUCGCUGAGAAUCCAUUUGUUGUCAGUAUGUAUUGUUCCUUUGAGACCAGGCGCCACCUCUGCAUGGUGAUGGAAUAUGUAGAAGGUGGCGACUGUGCCAAUCUCCUGAGGAAUAUUGGUCCCUUGCCAGUUGACAUGACCAGGAUGUACUUUGCAGAAACAGUUCUGGCAUUAGAAUAUCUCCACAACUAUGGCAUUGUGCAUCGGGACCUCAAACCAGACAACCUGCUAAUCACCGCAUUGGGCCACAUCAAGCUGACUGACUUUGGUCUGUCAAGGAUUGGACUCAUGAACAUGACGACCAACCUGUAUGAGGACCACGUUGAGAAGGACACCAGGGAAUUCAUUGAUAAACAGGUUUGUGGAACACCCGAAUACAUUGCUCCAGAGGUGAUCCUCAGACAGGGAUAUGGCAAACCUGUGGACUGGUGGGCUAUGGGAGUCAUUCUGUUUGAAUUCCUUGUUGGUUGUGCUCCAUUCUUUGGAGAGACUCCGGAAGAGCUUUUUGGACAAGUAGUUAAUGAUGAAAUAAUAUGGCCAGACGGAGAAGAAAUUCUCCCUGCAGAAGCUCAGGAUCUCAUCAACAGGCUGCUGAGGCAGAAUCCUCGAGAUCGCCUGGGGACUGGAGGGGCCCAAGAGGUGAAACAGCACAAUUUCUUCACUGACCUGGACUGGAGUGGAUUACUGCGUCAGAAAGCAGAGUUCAUUCCUCAACUGGAGUCUGAGGAUGACACCAGCUACUUCGACACACGCUCAGAGAAAUAUCAACAUUUGGCAUCAGAAGAGGAUGAAGACUCUAAUGAUGAAGAGUCAUCUCUGGAGAUCAGACAAUUUUCAUCCUGUUCACACCGAUUCAGUAAGGUUUACAAUAGCUCUGAGCAUCUGGCAGCUCUCUCCAGCCUAAGCACCUCAUCAGCAGAGUGCAGCCAGAGUGAGGAACGAGGAGAGCAACACAGUCCAAAGCACUCACUAAACACAAGCCCCGGCCUGAGACCUCGAGCCUCCUCAGCAAGCUCCCACUUUGACAAAGGUGUCAGUGCCACCCACUGCGUUCCCAGCUCAGACACUGUAUCUUGGUUUGCAUUCUCCAAUGAAGAUGAGAGUGAGAUCUCAGCACUGACCCAACAAGCAUUGCAGCCAGAGAAGCAAGGAUUGCAAACAGAGUCAAACAGAACCAGAGCCCAGACAUUCUCAGAUGUUCUUACCAACAGUAUUAAUCGCAUACGCAUACGUAGCAACAGUAUGGGGCACAGAAGCUCCACCCCGAAAGCAUCAUAUCCCAUAACAACUCACAAAAUCAAGGGUCAGCUUGAAAUCACAGAGGUAGACCGGUUGACAGCUGCAAAUACAGUCCCCAAGUCUGCAUCCAUCAGUGCCCUUUCACUUACUCUCACACCCGGUGGGUUUGCUUCAGUGCCAGUGGUCGGUCCUGUGUCGCCAAGAUCAUUUUCAUCGAACACCUCAUCCCGAGAUUCCUCACCAAGUCGUGAUCACUCAUUGAACAUCACAAGUUUGAGAUCUCCAAUAAUUAUUCACAGUUCUGGAAAAAAAUUUGGAUUCACGUUACAAGCAAUUCGAGUUUAUGUGGGGGACAGCGAUGUAUAUACUGUGCACCACAUGGUUUGGAGUGUAGAAGAAGGAGGCCCAGCUCAUGAGGCAGGAUUGUGUGCUGGUGACUUGAUCACACAUAUCAAUGGAGAAUCGGUCCUGGGACUUGUUCACACAGAGGUGGUGGAACUCCUCCUGAAGAGUGGAAACAAGGUAGUGCUGUGUUCCAUGCCAUUGGAGAAUUCUUCAAUAAAGGUUGGCCCUGCCAGGAAGAUGAGCUUCAAAGGCAAGAUGGCUCGAUGCAGCAAAAGGAACCGUCGGAAGGAUGGCCAAGAAAGAAAGAGGUCUCACUUCAAGAAGAUUUCCAAGCAGGCACCAACGAUACGCACGAGCAAAAGCUUCUCAUCUGGUUUGCAGCUGAAUCUCCCACCCAAAGAAAGUCUUCCAGGGUCACCAACUCAUAGUCUGUCACCAGGACAAGCAACUCCCUGCCCAAAUUCUGGUUCUGAGCUCCAUUCAGGGACUAAUUCACCUCAGAACAUUUCCCCUGGAUCUAGUGUUCCAAGCUCACCAGCUGGGAAUAUCAGACCUUGCACCCUUCAUGGACUGAUUCCCAAAUCUAAUCACCAGCGUUACAAAACUGGACAUCGUAAAUCUAUCAACACCAUUCCACCCUCCCCUCUGGCAUGCACACCAUCACCAACACCUCAAGUGUCCUCGCCACACCGUUCUCCCUCACCUUUAUCGUGCUAUUCAAAAAAUAUCCAGUCAUAUCCCUGCAGGAUGCUGUCACCUCCAACCACUGUUAGAAGUUCAACUCGAACCCGCACUGGGGAUUUCCCACAAUCACCGUUACUGAAAUGUGUGCAAUCAGCAGACAAACUGUCAGCUGCACAUCUUACAGAUAAGAAACAGUGUGGCUCAGUAAAACAAGCAGAAAGAUCCACGUGUGAAGGAAGAAAUGAAGUUUUACAGAAAGAAUGUCAAAGUGUAGCUGAGAUGGAUGAGAACCAAGGGUUAGGUGGCAGGCAGUGUUCAGGAGAGAAUGUAUACCAUAUUCACACAAGAACUCAGAGACCAAGAGAGCAGACAGCAGAACGACAUGAGACAGACCGCGAUGUAGUCAUGAUGAAAAAGCUAAAUUGGUCAGAACGUCGUGAUUCAUUUAAGAAACAAGAAGCAGUUCAGGAAUUGAGUUUUGAUGAAACAGAUGUGACAUUGGCUGCUGCUGACUGGGAAAGAAUGAGGGAAGAGAGAGUCAGUGUAGGGUUAGAGGGAGAAGGGAGUGCAGACAUAAACUGUUCUCAGCAUAAAGCAGCAUGGCUCAGGAAAGGAUUCACUGCUGAUUCGAUGCCUGAAGCAGUUGCAGAAUAUUCUAGACUUAAAGAGCCUAACAGUUGGAAAUCAGGGCCACAAAUUGAUGUCUGCAAAUCAAGUUUGGAAAAUCUGAAAAAGGGUGUAGUGGAAUGGGAAUGUCAGAUUCCUGGCUUGUAUGAAGAUCCUUUUGGAGACUUGUCAACAGAUAAUACAGAAAUCAACAGCUGUGGAAAACAGUGGGCACCGCUUCAGAGGGCAAAGGGAGAUAAAGUGCAGCCUGAUUUGGGAGGGAUAGCCAGAUCAACAGGCAUGUCGCUCAAUUUUGUACAUUGCCCCCAUCAAACAGAUUUGCUGUACAGUCAAGAAAAAGCUCAAAGCUGCUUCAGAACAGAUGAAAGUCAAACACAAAGUAAAUUAAUGUUAAGCGCCUGUGAACCUGAACAUCUCAGCAAAAAAGCAGCAAAGUGCAGCAAAGGGCAAGUGGCACAUGCUGACACUGAAACUGCACUGACUGCAGACAAUAACAACACAAUCUCUUCAAACUUUUCAACCAGGAAAUCAACAAGAAAUCGCAAGAAAGGAAGAGUUAAAAACUGAGCCCGAUGGUUCAUAGAGCAGAACAAAGGGAAAACCUGAAAGUCAACUUAGACUAAAUUGAAUCAUUGGAAAAGUUGUCAGGAUAGUGAGGGACGAUUGCUGGAAAAUGUUUUUUAAAUUUCCUUUUAUAUUACCAAAAUCCUCAAGUUCAGUUAUACAACAAAUCACAUUUACCUGGGAAAUCACCCAAAACUACUCUUAUAGUGAUAAGAGAACCAACAUUGGAACAAACCCCGAGACAACCACCAAUGUAUUUCCAACAGCAAGAUGUUUUAAGGUUUUACAGCUGUGUUUGAUACACCAGGAACAGGAUGACUAAAUGUAUCCUGAAGCAACGAUGCAACAUUUUCAGAACUAAAUAAAGUCAACCUAAUCCUGAUAACCGAGAGCUACAUUUUUCAACAUUAAAACUUUGAUAAAGCAAUUUGAUAAUUCCUCUCAAUGUGAUCACUUAAACCCCAUGUUCACUUGUUGGUAAAAUGACAGAGAAGUUAUUUGAGGUCAAUCCUUGGUAAUGGGUCUCCUACUAAAACACAUCAAUAAUCAGAUAGGUUAGCAGGCAGCAGCUGAACAUUUUAUAACAGAGUUUUCAAUAUUUUGAAUUUUAGCUAAAAGUUCACUAGUGUUCUGAACUUGUUCGUUGAGAAGUGAGAUACUGUACUAAUAGUUGACAUCAAUUGCAACUUAGGAGCUUUACUCUGUCUCUAACCCUGUACUGUACUUUCUCUGGAGGGUUUGAUGGGGACAAUGUAGAGGAAGCUUUACUUUGUCUCUAACCCCUUACUGAAUGUGAAUGUUUGAGAAACUAAUUAAAGAUGCCUUUGCAUAUUGUACCAUUUCUUGGUGUGAAUAGAUCUGCUAAGCUUGUCAUUCAUCAUUAUGCACAAUUUUUGGCACAAUCAGUUGCCAUCUUAUAAGGCCUUGAUGUAGUGAAGAUCAAUAAGUGAAUUCCAUGGGAUUCAUUCUAUCUCUUGUGGAGUGUAACUUGCAGUUUGUACUGUUCAGUGAUGCCCCUUACCAAUGUACUUUACAAAUAUGAUGCUGAACUUCAGUCCUUGAACAUGUUGCCUUGUGGAAUGAGUAAUUGUCUUGGUUGUGCGUUAGUUACGAGCUGUUGGGGUUCAGAUUGCACAUCUAGGCUAACUAUUGUCAAUCUUAAUCUUCUCUUAAUCAUUACAGAAAGACCACACUUUCUGCCCGUGUCAUUGACAGCCUAUUGUUGUUUUUGUCCCUGUGAUGAUUCAGAUGUUGUGUAUCUUGUGGUUAAUGAAGAGUUAGAUCUCCCAGUAAGCUCACUGAAAUUCAUGAUCAGUUGGAAACCCUAUAAUGUCUGAGUUGACAGGUUGCAGGUUUCCCCAAAAAUAUUUUUGUUACAACACCAUUAACCACUGAAUUUGACAGAGAAAGUAAAUUUAUACUGCAAACUUUUUUGAAAAUGAAAUGAAAUAAUGAAUUAAACAAAGGUUGUUGAAAAUUCCUUUCUUGUGAGUGUUCAAAUUCAAUAUGCUGAAUCUUGAGAUACAAAACUGUCAGGAAAGGAAAAGAUUUCUUCCAAUUCUGAUUCUUUAAUUUAAACUGUUCCUCAUGUUUGACAAGCUGCACUGUGACUCACAUUGAUUCAGUGAGGAAUGAAAUACAAUUUUAACUAAAGUUGCACUCGAUGUUGAGCAUUUUCUUAUUAGUUUAAUAUCAACGUUUUUUUAAUUUUCCAUAUGCUGGAUUUUGUUUAAUUGUCUC